AUGUUGCAAGUGGCAGAUGUAAGUAAAGAUGUCUUUACUGAAGCACAUAUACUUCACACACUGUUCAUCAUUGAGGAUCAGGUUGGAGAUUUGUUCCCUGGAAAACCUGAUGGAUAUGGCCUCCAGAUGAUAAGCUCCCCAAUGCCGUUCUCUGAUUGUGAUUUUACCUCAGCAGAAGGAGCAGCUAUGGCUGUGAGAAAUGUUUUGCAAGUCUGGGAUUAUGUUGUGUUUGCCGCAAUGUUGGCUGUAUCUACUUCAAUUGGGCUUUAUUUUGCUUUUAAACCUGGAAGGACAAAGGGAGGAACUACAGAAGAGUUCCUAAUAGGAAACAGACAAAUUUCUGCAUAUCCAAUUGCGCUUUCAUUGGCUUCCAGUUUCUUGUCUGCUAUUACUGUGAUUGGAGCUCCUGUAGAGGUGUAUCUGUAUGGGAUAAUGGUUCUGAUGUACAACGUUGCCUGCUUACUUACAGUGACAUUCACUUGUCUGAUCUACAUCCCCCUCUUCUACAGGUUAAACAUAAUUAGCACAUAUGAGUAUAUAAGCAGAAGAUUUGGUUUAGCGGUGAAGUAUCAAAUUGUUUGUUGUUUCUUGUUAUACAUGUUCAUUUAUCUUGGUAUUGCCACAUAUAUACCUGCAUUGGCACUCAGUGAAGUUACUGGGAUCAACCUGUGGGUUUCCAUCAUAACCACAGGGGUCGUGUGUACAGUGUAUACAACACUAGGUGGCAUUAAAGCUGUUGUGUGGACAGAUGUGUUCCAAAUCUGUGUAAUGCUGGCUGGCCUCCUUGCUUUGCUAAUUCAAGGAUUAAUUGAAGUUGGAGGGUUUGAAAAGGUCUGGAGAAUCGCAAAGCAUGGUGGGCGUCUCAAUUUUUUUGACUUUGAUCCUGACCCAAGGAAAAGGCAUACAUUUUGGACCACAGUGUUAGGAGGUGCAUUUGUAUGGAUUGCAGUAUACAGUUGUAACCAAGCGCAGGUGCAAAGAUACUUGGCUUGCAAGAGUGAAAAAGAGGCAAAAAAGGCUAUAAUCCUGAACUGGUUUGGUAUGCUUGGACUGACACUUGCGGCUUGUAUGUGUGGCUUGAUCAUGUAUGCCAUUUAUGAAACCUGCGAUCCACUGGAGGCAAAGAGAAUCAGCAAUGCUAACCAGAUGACACCAUUACUAGUUUUGGAAAUCUUAGCUCACAUACCUGGAGUUCCGGGACUUUUUAUCGCUAGUGCAUUUAGUGGCACUCUGAGCACAAUCUCUUCAGGCAUCAAUGCUAUAACUGCAGUCUUUGUGGAAGAUAUUAUAAAACCAAACUGGAAAUCAUGGAAACAUUUUUCUGAUGGCAAGAAGACAUUGAUCUCAAAGUUUCUAGCUAUGACCUUUGGGAUUUCGAUAAUGGUUUUUGCAGGAUUAACUUCUCUCUUAGAAGAAAAUGUAAUGCAGAUAGUCCGAAGUGUUGAUGGGAUAUUCCUAGGACCCAUACUGGGUAUAUUCACUUUAGCAGCUUUGUUUCCGAAGAGCAAUGCCAAGGGAGCAUUUGUGGGUAUGCUGAUUAGUUCUAUCCUUAACGUGCUUUUGGGAGUUGGUUCUCAAAUGUACCCACCUGCUGCUGAAUUUACAAGGAAGCUCCAGACAUCAACAGCAGGCUGUCAUCUAUUUAAUAUCACCAUGUCAAGCUCCACAAAUGUAACAUCUUUACUCACAACCAUUGAAACAUCUCCAGCACCAGAUGGAAUGGUCAGCAUAUUGAAAAAUAUCUCCUCCUUGUCCUAUGGAUAUUACACCCCAGUUGGUUGCCUGGUUUCAAUAAUAAUAGGUUUGCUAGUCAGUAUGGUUACUGGAGGAACUAAGGAUGUAGAUCCAACUCUCAUUGCUCCUAUAUUUCAUACCAUUCAUAAGUUCAUCUUCAAAAAGGAACCAGCUGGGCCAUUGCCUGAAUCAGGCAUACAGCUAUUAGAAACCACUCCUGAAAAAUUCUUCAACACUGGUCACUAUCCAUCCAAAUUGCAGCUCCUGGUAACUGAAUACAUACUGAAACAAAAUCUGGAACUGCUAAUGGUGGUUAAAGAUUACAGUUCCAUAAAACCAAUUAAGGACCAAGAUGUCGAAUUUGCUUAG